UGAACUGUAUGAUCUUCCGACCUGUGUUUUUCGUGUUAUCUUUAUUCAACUGGGGCUGUAUAGUGGUCAAGGAAAGCAGUGACCAUCGCCUAGUUCACAAUGUCGCAUAAAAUACCCUCAGAGAUCGCUGAACGAAGUGAGCUAAGUAUUGAUGAAGCGCGGUUGGUUGAGAAGCGGCGCCAGCUCCGACAGCAGCUCCGAAAGGAGUUCAUCGCAAAAAUCAUGGAUCCUCACCAGCAUGGCGCAGGAGGUUUCAUCUUUGAUCCGGCGAUGCAGCGUUUCCAGUCCGCCCGUACCGGCUAUUAUGAGUUCUCCAAGGCAAUACCAAGAACCGGGUUUAUAAGUUUCUGCUGGACUCUUGCUCCGAUGAUGUUUUUCGGGUGGCUCUUACAUAAAGAUCGAAGUGCUUUCGAGCGGAACUGCCGCACAGGAGCAAUUCCCUACGAAAAUAGAAUGUUCAAAUGUAUCUAAGAGGCAGAAGUCGCAAGUAGAAUACAAAGGUGGAGUAAACAGAAAUAUUGAAAAGAAGUAUGUGCAAAAUGAGCAAUAGACCCCUAUAAGCGCAGAAGACCAGGAUGAAAGCUUACAAUAGACAUACAAGCAAGAAAACGAUAUACGACGCACGCCAUUACCUAAAAAGGUCCUGCAUGUGGUCAUGUUGGCUGUGUCGUUGCCGACUUGUUGUUCAACGUGAUCAUUUGAAACCUGCAGUAGAGUGAGUUCAAAUUUAUUUUGUACGGUUCUUUUGUUGUUUUCUCACUUCUCCAAUCAGAAUAAAUUCAACAAGGAUAUAGAUUCAAGACUUAACUCGACGUCACAUACGAGAUUGCAUAUUAUGUACGACAAUUUCGAAAAAAUUAUUUAGCAGGUAAAAAUCCUUAGUGAUUCUAUCUGAAGUUAUAGCACAGUAGAAAGAACAGACAUGGAUCCAGGAUGCGCACGCUGAGAUUGCAUGAGUAGCUAGCGAAGGUGGUCAAAUUGCCAACUUAGUCGAUUGAACUACGGCCUAAUAAAUGAGCCGGAUGAACGAAUAAAGGUGUAUUACGUCUGAAUAUGA